UUACAUCAUAUCGAAACUUGAAUGGCCAAAUUGCCAUGUUUCGCUUUGUGCUUGCGCUUGGCCCUGGUGACUCUUGCCGUUGGGCACAAGAAACGCUGUGUGGACGACUAUGACAGCUUGAAGGCAGGUGAUGACUGCACAGUACGGUGGAAGGAGCUGAGCAACGGCGGGCCCUUCUUGUUGCCCACCCAGCCUGCGCUGGGAUAUGCCUGGGUGCAUCAGCUGCAGGAGGAGCAUUACUCAUCAAAAAAGGAUGCAGAGAAGGAGCUGAAGAAGGAUCGCUUUCCGGUGGUGCUCGGACAGGGCAACUUUUAUCUCACGGAUCGGCAUCAUCACGUCGCUGCUCUCCAGCUAUCUGACGACAAGGAUAUUUUUGACCUGGAGAUGCGGAUUUAUGUCAUUUGCGAUCUAAGAUCUUCAGGCAGCGAGAUUUUUUGGUCCAAGAUGCAGGACUUGAACUAUGUCUUUCUGCAGAAACGAGCCUCUCCCUUUGCACUUCCAGUGCUUGCCCGCGAGACGGAUUUGCCACAAAGCUGGACGCUCAACAGCUUCGAGGACGACCUUUGGCGUAGCCUGGCGGGAUUUGCGAGUCACGUCUCAGAUGAGAAACAGCGCUGCUAUGCCAAGAAAUGUCAGGAGUAUUUUGUGGACUUCCAAUGGGGCUUUGCCAUCAACAAGGCCACGGAAGACAUUCCGAGCUUGUGGCCUUCCAUGGCUCAACAGGCCACCUUUCGUUCGAAGCUGCAUGCCUUGCCGUAUCCUUCGCUGAAGGAGGUCGAUUUGAAGGCAUGGCAGGAGCUGGGCCAACUGGCACUGCCACUCUGCCACAGCCAGCGCCUGCAGUCCUUGCCGCUGCCGCCAGGCUAUUCCUCUCGCAUUCUUCAAGGAUGGUCCGCCACGCCGGUGCCCAAAGAUCCAAGCUGCGACUAUAGCAGCUGCAGGGCCCGGCAGAAAGCGAAGGACGAGCGAGAUCUCGUUGUGGUCUAGGUGUCUUGUUGAGUGAGAUCAGUCGCAGCCCGCAACCAUUUGUACGGUGGGUCUGCGAACGCAUGUCUGAUGGCUGGUGGUUGGCGUGUUGGUUCAUCCGACUUUGAAUGUGUUCUUGUG